AUGGUCGGCCGCAAGACAUUGUUAGCUCCGAUUCACUUCAUUUUCAGUCUCCUGCAGAAGCGGAGCACUGUUUCAGUUUGGCUGUAUGAACAGCUCGCCUUCAGGAUAGAGGGGAAGAUCCGUGGAUUCGAUGAGUUCAUGAACUUGGUCAUUGACGAUGCUGUCGAAGUGCGUCUGGCUACCAAGACAGAGGAAGAGAAGCGCCGGCCACUAGGCCAGAUCCUUCUCAAGGGAGACAGUGUCUCUUUGAUCCAGGCAGUUUGA